AUGGCCUCCGCCCUGGAGCAGUUCGUCACCAGCGUCCGCCAACUCUCCUCCCAAGGGCAAAUGACUCAGCUGUGUGAGCUGAUCAACAAAAGCGGAGAGCUGCUAGCAAAAAACCUCUCACACCUGGACACAGUGCUGGGGGCCCUCGAUGUGCAGGAACAUUCUCUGGGGGUCCUCGCUGUUCUGUUUGUCAAGUUUUCCAUGCCCAGUAUUCCUGAUUUUGAAACCCUGUUUUCUCAAGUCCAGCUCUUUAUCAGCACUUGUAACGGAGAACACAUUAGAUACGCUACAGAUACCUGUAAGUAUUACUCUUAUUAAGAGUUCCACUUUAUGCUCUUCACGUAGUUGCCUGUUUAUCGAAUUGAUUUGGCGUGAAAUCAUCAGAGCAUGUUGUAUGUAAUGCUAAAGUCUAAUUCUGCUUUCCUUCUCAUCCUUACAGCUCUGUUUGUUAGCAAAAUGCUUUAAGCCAGCUCUUGCUUAUUUAGACGUAGAUAUGAUGGACAUCUGUAAAGAAAACGGUGCUUACGAUGCCAGACCCUUCCUGUGCUACUACUACUAUGGAGGCAUGAUCUACACAGGGCUAAAGAACUUUGAGAGGGCGCUUUAUUUUUACGAACAGGCAAUUACAACGCCGGCCAUGGCAGUCAGUCACAUCAUGUUGGAAUCUUAUAAAAAGUAUAUCCUAGUUUCUUUGAUCCUUCUAGGAAAAGUUCAGCAGCUGCCUAAAUAUACCUCACAGAUCGUCGGUAGAUUCAUUAAGCCUCUUAGUAAUGCCUACCAUGAGUUAGCACAGGUCUAUUCAACCAACAACCCGUCAGAGCUGCGGAACCUGGUGAACAAACACAGCGAGACCUUUACCAGAGACAAUAACAUGGGGCUGGUGAAACAAUGUCUGUCCUCCCUGUACAAAAAGAAUAUUCAAAGACUUACCAAAACGUUUCUUACCCUUUCCCUACAAGACAUGGCCAGUCGAGUUCAGUUAUCUGGUGCUCAGGAGGCUGAAAAAUAUGUUCUGUAUAUGAUAGAAGAUGGAGAAAUCUUUGCAAGUAUUAAUCAGAAGGAUGGUAUGGUGUGCUUUCACGAUAAUCCAGAGAAAUACAACAAUCCAGCUAUGCUUCAUAAUAUUGAUCAGGAGAUGCUUCGAUGUAUAGACCUUGAUGACCGGUUAAAGGCAAUGGAUCAGGAGAUCACAGUGAACCCUCAGUUUGUUCAGAAGAGUAUGGGCUCACAAGACGACGACUCAGGAAGCAAGCCAUCCAGUUACUCUUGA